AUGGCGGACACAUUUGCCAUGAAAAGCGGGAGCAAGCUCGCUUCAGAGAUUCACCAUUCCAGAUCAUCUUCGUCUGAACAGCAUGUCGGCGAGAAAUCGGUCAAUCGAGAUGAACAGGAGAUGGCGAAGCUGGGAAAGCGCCAGGAAUUGAGGCGUAACUUCGGGUUUAUGAGUAUGUUGGGAUUCUCUUGCACAUUGAUGAUCACUUGGGAAGGUCUUCUGACCGUGUUCGUGUACGGAUUGACCGAUGGCGGACCGGCGGGCCUCGUUUAUGGCUAUCUUUUCUGCUGGCUUGGAUAUUUCACGGUGGUCGCAUCUCUGGCUGAAAUGGUGUCAAUGGCGCCCACGGCUGGUGGACAAUACCAUUGGACUUUUCUCUUCGCUCCCAAAUCCUGCCGGAACUUUCUCUCCUUCAUCACUGGCUGGCAAUCCGUUCUUUCAUGGCAAGCUUGUUUAGCAUCGGCAGCCUAUCUCGGCGGUACCAUUAUCCAGGGUCUUCUCGUCCUCAAUUACCCCAACUAUGACUUUCAACGGUGGCAUGGAACACUUCUGCUGUAUGCAGUUGUCCUCCUGGCAAUGCUUUUCAACACCUACCUGGCGAAACAACUGCCAAAAGUCGAAGGUGCAGUCCUGAUUGUCCACAUUGUUGGAUUCUUUGGUGUUCUCAUCACUCUGGUGUAUCUGGCACCUCAUGGUACUGCCCAUGACGUGUUUGUCAAAUACCUCAACAAUGGAGGCUACGAUAAGGGAACAUCUUUCUUCGUUGGCUUGAUCACGACAGUCUUCGCGUUUAUUGGAGCCGAUGGAGCCAUUCACAUGAGUGAAGAGAUCAAGAAUGCUUCAACUGUCGUUCCCAACUCCCUGGUGGCUUCGAUCGGGUUAAACGGCACUAUGGGCUUCGCUAUGCUCAUUGCCAUUCUUUUCUGCAUCGGAGACAUCGACAAUGCCCUUUCGACGACAACCGGCUUUCCAUUCAUCGAAAUCUUCUACCAAGCCGUUCAAUCAAAAGGUGGAGCAACCGUGAUGAGUGCGGUCGUGCUUUCGUUGAUGAUUUUUGCCACAAUUGCCGUCCUGGCUGCAGCUUCUCGAAUGACGUGGGCCUUUGCCCGUGACAAUGGCCUGCCUGGCUCGCGGUUCAUUUCCAAAGUCGAGCCUCGGACAAAGUUGCCUCUGUAUUCGGUCGCUCUUUCGGUCAUGAUCACAAUGCUCCUUGGCCUCAUCAACAUCGGUUCGGCUGCAGCUUUCAAUGCCGUCGCUUCGCUUGUUAUCUCCGGUUAUCUCGGCAGUUAUACCCUACCCAUGGUGCUCCUCUUGCAGAAAAAGCUUUUCAAUCCGUCCUCAAUUCAUUUCGGGCCUUGGACCCUCGGUCGUGGUUUCGGCAUUUUCUGCAACGUCUUUGGACUCAUGUGGAUCGCCGUCGUGAUGACUUUUAGCUUUUUCCCGUCUGUACGCACCGAUUUGACCCUGGAGACGAUGAACUGGUCUUGCUUGCUCUGGGGAGGUACCAACAUCAUCGGGCUCGCCAGUUAUUUUGGGUAUCUCCGAGGCAGAUACAAUGGCCCCAUUGUUGAAACUGAUAUAAUUGAGCAAGUGCAGGGUGUUUAA